AUGACGCUGAAUAACAAUCCAAAAACAAAGUUCAAGAUUAAGAAUAAGGGUGAAGAUGGUAUUAUUAAGAAACCAGGCACCAGGCGUCUACUUGCAUAUAAUGAAAGAGAUGAAGAAAGUUAUAAAGCAGUUAAGCAAGCCCAGGCAGACGCGAAAGCUUACGGACUUAAUCAAAAGGAUGAAGCAACAAAAUAUAUUGCAGCGGCAAAAGCCGCUGCCAAAUUUGCCAAAGGCGCUGCAAGUGCGCGAAUGUCAAGACGUGUGGGAGUAUCUGCAGAUGCUGAAGGCUAUGUAGGUCAACAAAGCUAUGCACUGCAAGGUAAUGCAAAUUUAUGAAACACCCGGUGUAAA